GUGUCCCCGGGAGGGAGGGAGGAGGAGGAGGCAGCGGGUGUGUGUGGCUGCAGCGCUGUGGUCUCCCUUCUCCCUUCUCUCUCCUCCUCUAAAUACAUGGCCGCUUAUUUAUCUUCCUCCCGCCAGGCCUGGGUGGCUCGCCCUUCCCCCCUCACCCCCCGCCGCCGGGGUCGCACGGACGCGGUGUCCUCAGUGCUGUGCUUCCUGCUCACCCGGUGACACACACACACACACAGACACACACACACACACAGACACACACACACACACAGACACACACACACACACAGAGAGAGAGAGAGAGAGGUGCGGUGCAGUAUGCGCGAUGGGCAACUGCUGGGCUCAGUGCUUCGGGUUGUUUAGGAAAGAGGCCAACAGGAUCCAGCGAGGCGGAGGAUCGAAGUAUUUUAGGUCGAGCGCUCACGGAGAACACUUUACUAUAGAGUUUGAGAAUUUGGUGGAGAGUGAUGAGGGUGAAAGCCCAGGAGCCAACCCCAGACCAAUCAGUGAAGAUGAAAUCCAAAUCCUUCAGAAUAGACAUUAUGACUCCAUUGCCGAGAGGCAAGGGAUGGUGGACAGCCAGCUGCAAACUGAGUUAGCUGCACAAGAGGAACAGUUAAGGAUAGAAGAAGAGGCAUUUUAUAAUGCCCAGCGUGAAGCAGCCAGGGCAGCAAAACAGAAAAGGCUUUUGGAGCAACAAAGGUUACAAAAGAUGAAAAGGAGAGCAAAGGUUGCUGCAACCCCUGACCAACAAAAAGGAGAUGGAGGAGAGGAGGACUUUGAAUCCUACCUACAGAAUGCAAAAUCUCAGUCUGAAGCCUUCAGGAACCAAUGCAGAAUCUCCUCAGAACCUACUAUUCUGACCCCAAACACUGAAAGCAGCUGUGAUUUGACAGUAAAAACCAAAUCAACAAGUGGAAACGAUGAUAGUACUUCACUGGACCUCGAGUGGGAGGAUGAAGAAGGAAUUAACAGACUGAUUCCAAUGAGAGAACGCUCAAAAACAGAGGAAGACAUUCUGCAAGCAGCCUUGAGACACAGCAGCCGUAGGCCUGGGAGCAACCCCAUGUCUGCUUCAGAUGAGUCCACAGGAUUGGAAUGGGAAAAUGAUUUUGUCAGCGCCGAGUUGGAUGAUAAUGGGAAUUCCGAAUAUGCAGGUUUUGUGAACCCGGUUCUAGAACUCUCUCCUAGCGAUGUGACUACUUCAGAGAGUGACCAGCAGGGUUGAUAGUGCUGUUCGUGGACGACGUGGAUUGAUUGAGACCAAACUUUUGAAAUGUUGCAAGAAUGUAUUUCCAUCUACGUGGGACUUUUUACAUUUUAAAGUGGGUGUAUGACUCUGUGUAUAGGCCACUAAAGAAUGCGGUUGAUUUGUAUCACGUUAGCACACUUAUGGAUCUAAUUUGCUAUAUUUCUUAACAGAUUAUUAUGUAGAAAUGUGUAAUUAUCAAAUUUCUUUAAAAAAAUACUGAAAAAUGUAUUCUUCAGCACAUUUCAUGUGUUUAAAAAUUCAGUGAAUGCCCUUUCUUUAUUAAGAAAUCUGCUACGAAAUACCACAAAUUAGACCCCGCAAUUUCUGAUAAGUGCAAUUCUUGUAAACUUCAAACUUAUGAAUGUUUUUUUUAAAACCCGCUACUCUGGGUGUGAACUAAAGAAGGCUGUGACGUGAUUGGGGAAAAAAUAUGCUAUAAAUGGUUAAAAGUUUCUAGAUC